CAGUAAAACUUUCAAUUCGCCAUUGUUUUCCUUACCCACUUUCACAAUCUUGAUUCCAUAAUUCUGCCUCAAGUUUCACAUAAUUUGAUCAAUCAAUCUUCUGGUUUUGGGACUUCCUUCUGUGUGACCAAGAUGUCUUCCCCAAGUAAACGGAGAGAGAUGGAUGUUAUGAAGUUGAUGAUGAGCGAUUACGUUGUUGACACACCGAACGACAGACUCAAUGAAUUUAGUGUGGAAUUUCAUGGUCCAAAAGGAAGUUUUUAUGAGGGUGGUGUUUGGAAAGUUAGCGUGGAGCUACCUGAUGCUUAUCCAUACAAGUCUCCUUCAAUUGGAUUUGUGAACAAAAUUUUCCACCCCAAUGUGGAUGAGCUGUCUGGUUCUGUUUGCCUAGAUGUCAUAAAUCAAUCUUGGAGUCCUAUGUUCGAUCUCUUAAACAUCUUUGAAGUUUUUCUACCUCAACUUUUGCUUUACCCGAAUCCUUCUGAUCCCCUCAAUAGUGAUGCUGCUGCAUUGAUGAUGAAUGACAAGAAACAGUAUGAGGAAAAAGUCAAAGAGUACUGUGAGCGUUACGCAAAGAAUAAUGGCAAAUCUGCAGUUGAAGAAGAAGAGAGUGGAGAGGAAGAUAUUAGUGAUGGCCAAUAUACUUCGAGUGAUGAUGAGAUUCCUGGUCAUGCAGAUCUGUGAGUGAUAGAUAUUUAUCGUUUAGGCUUCUUCACAUGACUUAGUAGUUGUUUUAUAACGGUUGUUUCACAGUUAUAGUAUUUCAACCUGCAAUUGUCAAUGAUCUAAUUGACCAUGAAACCCUUUUGGAAAUUGUACUAGAUAUGGAAAUUUGCAAAUGUAAGUUAUACUUGGAAGUGAAUUUAAAUCGGGUGAGAAAUGGAAACCCUCUUGUGUUA